GGUGACGAUGAACAGCCUCUGUACUCUGCAGCAGCUCCAGCCGGAGAGAGCGAGGCGGAUAAUGUCAAAACCUUACGCCUGACUCUACGGGAGGAGCACUCCCCAGAGAGGACGGAGACCAUCAAAGUGAAGCCGGUUGGACGCGCCUUCGCUCUCAUAUCAUCCCGACCAACGCGGAGCUCUCGGCCUCUGAAUUCCGAACUAAUCAAGUCCAGCGAUGGCGAUGAAGAGAUCAUUAAGGGGGGGGUGAAGGCCAAAGCGGAGAACAAAGCCAACCAUGAGUGGAACGUCAGCCAACUGAGGAACGAGGUUCGCCAUAUUCAAGAGGCGAGGACGUCUCUGAAGAAUCUCAGAAAAGACCUUGAUGGCUCAAAACACGGGCAGGAGGCAGACAAGGUCUUGUUGUCGGAACAUCACAAUGGCGUUCGGCACUAUGAGGAACCAUGGUCGAUGUCAAGAGACAGUGAUGAGGAAUUUCCCGUGGACAAUGGGAAGAACUUACGGGAGACCGCACAGAAGCUGUACGCCAGGCUCCAGGAGACUGAGAAGCGGCACCAGGCUGACCGCAGGUUGUUUGAGGAAAGGAUCAACCAGUGUCAGCAGGAGGCGGAGCAAAACAACCGAGCGCGCAAGCAAGCGGAGGAAACGGCGGGUGAGCGCCAGCGAGAGGUGGAAGAGCUGAGGAGGCUGAUGACCAAUAUGGAGAAGGAACACCAGGACUUGCUGAACAGGAUGCAAGAAAAUGAGAAGGAGCUGGACGGUCUACGAGGACAGAAAGCGGAAAAUGGACCUCUACAGGACAAGUGUCAGGAGCUGGAGAAGACCGUGGCCAAUCUGAAAGAGAAGAUCCACCACCUGGAUGAUAUGUUAAAGAGCCAACAGCGCAAAGUACGACAGAUGAUUGAGCAGGUGCAGAACUCCCGCACAGCCGCACAAGAGAAGGACUCUCUCAUCCAGGAAUUACGGGAGAAAGUCUCCUGGCUUCAGGCAGAGAACCUGGAACUACAGGACAAACUGGAACACUUUCUAUCCACCCAACCAGGACACGCAACCCAGCUGCCGAGGGCUUACGCCAGACCCAACGUACAUAAUUUCAAGCGAGUGUACCUUCCGGCUGGAGCGGGCCGGCCUCAGCCACUCAUCAAGCUGGUGGAGACAUGA